AGUUGCCCUGUCAGUGCAGGUGGAGGCCCCCGGCGGGGCAAAGUGGCAGGAACCUCUUAAAGGGCGAGAGUGGCGGAGGGCGAGAACGCGGCCCGGCCCAGCCAGGUCUCCGCCCCAUCCGGCCCAGCAACGUCAUGACAACAGAGAAGAGUUUAGUGGCUGAGGCUGAAAAUCCACAGCAGCAACAACAGAAGGAAGAGGGUGAGGGAGCCACAAACUCGGGUCAACAGGAAACUCAGCUGGAAGAGGCUCCUCAAGCAGCAGCCGAGGGAGAUAGUCAGUGUGAGCAGAAGCUGAAAACAUCUAAUGGAGACACUCCAACACAUGAAGAUUUGACCAAGAACAAGGAGCGGACAUCAGAAAACAGGGGCCUGUCACGGCUGUUCUCCUCAUUUCUCAAAAGGCCUAAAUCUCAGGUCUCUGAGGAGGAAGGCAAAGAAGUAGAGUCAGCGAAAGAGAAAGGUGAAGGUCAUAAAGAGAGAGAAUUUGGAGCCAGUCUUGACGAAGAGAUCAUUUUAAAGGCCCCAAUUGCAGCUCCUGAGCCUGAGCUCAAAACAGACCCAUCCUUGGAUCUUCAUUCAUUAAGCAGUGCAGAAACACAGGCCUACUGAAUUACAAAUUAAGAGUUAUUUUCAAAGUCUUUUUUUCUGAAGCAUGUGGGCAUUAUCUGCAUUGUAAAAAAUCCUGCUCAGGAAGAACACAGAGAAGAUCCCGAUUUUCAGACUGAGGAAGGAGGAGGACUUGAAGACUGCUCUAAAAUAGAAGUAGAAGAAGAAAGUCCUGAAUCAGUAGCAGAAAGAGAAUUAAAAGCUUCCCAGAAAUCGAUCAGAAGACACAGAAACAUGCAUUGCAAGGUUUCUUUGUUGGAUGACACAGUUUAUGAAUGUGUUGUGGAGAAACAUGCUAAGGGACAAGACUUACUUAAACGAGUAUGUGAACACCUCAAUCUUUUGGAAGAAGACUACUUUAGUCUAGCCAUUUGGGAUAAUGCAACCUCUAAGACAUGGCUGGAUUCUGCCAAAGAAAUAAAAAAGCAGGUUCGUGGUGUCCCUUGGAAUUUCACAUUUAAUGUAAAGUUUUAUCCACCUGACCCAGCACAGUUAACAGAAGAUAUAACAAGGUAUUAUUUAUGUCUUCAACUUCGGCAGGACAUAGUUGCAGGACGUCUGCCCUGUUCAUUUGCAACCUUAGCAUUAUUAGGUUCUUAUACCAUCCAGUCUGAGCUGGGAGACUAUGACCCAGAACUCCAUGGUGCAGAUUACGUUAGUGAUUUUAAACUGGCCCCAAAUCAGACCAAGGAACUUGAAGAGAAGGUCAUGGAACUGCAUAAGUCAUACAGGUCCAUGACUCCAGCUCAGGCUGACCUGGAAUUUCUUGAGAAUGCCAAAAAGUUGUCUAUGUAUGGUGUUGACCUUCAUAAAGCAAAGGACUUGGAGGGAGUGGAUAUCAUCCUAGGUGUCUGCUCUAGUGGCCUUCUGGUUUACAAAGAUAAGCUGAGAAUUAACCGCUUUCCUUGGCCCAAAGUGCUGAAGAUUUCUUACAAACGUAGCAGCUUUUUCAUUAAGAUUCGGCCUGGAGAGCAAGAACAGUAUGAAAGUACCAUCGGAUUCAAACUUCCCAGUUACCGAGCAGCUAAGAAAUUAUGGAAAGUCUGUGUAGAGCAUCACACGUUUUUCAGACUGACAUCUACAGACACCAUUCCUAAAAGCAAAUUUCUUGCCCUGGGAUCCAAAUUUCGAUACAGUGGCCGAACUCAGGCUCAGACCAGGCAAGCUAGUGCUCUGAUUGACAGGCCUGCCCCACACUUUGAGCGUACAGCAAGCAAACGGGCAUCCCGAAGCCUUGAUGGAGCAGCAGCCGUUGAUCCAGCAGACCGAAGUCCUCGGCCCACCUCUGCACCGGCCAUUGCUCAGAGCCAGGCCGCAGAAGGCAGCGUCCCAGGUGCACCUGUUAAAAAAGCAGUGGCUUCUAAAGCACCGAAGGAAACAGUGCAGGUUGAAGUGAAAAAGGAAGAAGUCCCACCUGAGCAACCUGAGCCAGAGCUCACAGAAGUGUGGAAGGUGGAAAAAACCCACAUCGAGGUCACAGUACCCACCUCAAAUGGUGACCAAACACAGAAAAAGAGAGAGAGACUAGAUGGUGAAAACAUUUAUAUCAGACAUAGCAAUUUAAUGUUGGAGGAUUUAGACAAAAGUCAAGAAGAGAUCAAAAAACAUCAUGCCAGCAUCAGUGAGCUGAAAAAGAACUUCAUGGAAUCUGUACCAGAACCACAGCCUAGUGAAUGGGAUAAACGCUUAUCCACUCACUCUCCCUUUCGAACACUUAACAUCAAUGGGCAAAUCCCUACAGGAGAAGGACCUCCCCUGGUGAAGACUCAGACCGUCACCAUCUCAGACACUGCCAGUGCUGUGAAAAGUGAAAUUCCAACCAAAGACGUCCCUAUAGUCCACACUGAGACCAAGACCAUCACUUAUGAGGCUGCCCAGACUGACGACAGCAACGGGGACUUGGACCCAGGAGUCUUGCUGACAGCUCAGACCAUCACAUCUGAGACCACCAGCAGCACCACCACAACUCAAAUUACCAAGACUGUAAAAGGUGGGAUUUCAGAGACCCGGAUUGAAAAGAGAAUUGUGAUCACAGGAGACGGCGAUAUUGACCAUGAUCAGGUCCUCGUACAGGCCAUCAAGGAGGCAAAGGAGCAGCACCCAGACAUGUCAGUGACCAAGGUGGUCGUCCAUCAGGAAACCGAGAUCUCUGAGGAGUGAGCUCAGGAACUGUCUUACCCUCCCCCCUCCCCCGACUCCCUGCCCAUCUCCCGUCCCAGAGAAAACCAGCAGAAAGAUAAAGAAGCUAGCCUGCAAUAGUCAGACUUCAGACUUUUAAAAUGAUUGAUUCUAAACCACCAGAAAAGCAAUUUCAUUUUCUAUUUGGAGUUUAUACCAAGAAAGUCUUCUAGAUAUCACUGAUCCUUUUGAAUACAUUUUUCUAUAUUGUGAUACCAGAAAUUGUUCAACUUUUCACUCUUUGGACUGUUUUUAAAGAGCCUUUUGUUUUUUUAUGGGGUGGUUUGUAACCCCUUCAGCCCAGCCUCUCCCCAUUUAUACUGACAGGGUCCACAGCAUUCUUCGGGAAAUCCUCCAAUGACUCUGUCAGCUGUGUUGGGGGACAGAGCCAGCUUAAUGGGGCUUCCCUGCUCCUCCCCUAGUUUAUACCCUUUAGAUGGCAGCAGAAACUUCAUAAACCAGCCCUUUCUCAGAGCCAGUGAUGGAACUUUAUCAGAAUGUCAGGCAGGGCGGCUGCCCUGAUCCAGAGACCCCAGGAAGAUGUCCCUGUCCCUUUGCUGAGGGUGGUAUGGUGAGGCAGAGGCCUCUGCUAAGAAUGUAGUAUUUUUUUCCUUCCUCUCUCCUGUUCUUUCUUUUUGGAGCUUCUUUAGAUCAAAGACAUAAGAAGUUGCUUCAGAUAUAUCUGAUACUGUGAAUGUUUGAACAUAUCUGUGGCCUUCACCUUCCUGCCCUCCCUCCCCUUUUACCUCAUCAGAAGCAGUGGCUCUGCUAAGUGCUCCCCCCACCUCCCAUCUCAGGAGAGACCAAAACUCACAGAAAAAUAGGCACUUUGGGCCAAAAGCACUGACCGCACAUUUUUAGUGUUGAUUUGGACAAAGAAAGUUGACGAGAUUUUUUUAAAGGUUUUCUAGUUCUGGGAAUGUGCACUUCACACAGGGGAGUGGUGGAGUUUACCUCAGUUGGAUCCUG